AUGCCUAGUGAGAUAUCAAUCGCAAAACUUAAUAAUGUGGCUCUUAUAACCCUCAACGGGAAUGCCCUCACAAGUACGAUGACUGAUGAACUGAUUGGUGUCUUUCAAGAACUAGCUGUAGAUACGUCAAUACGUGUCAUCAUCAUAACCGGCUCUGGUAAGUUCUUUUGUACAGGGCUUGACCUAUCAACUGGUCAAUCACCGACAGACCUCGACGCCAUGAUUCUUAAAGGCAUGCGCCUAUUUGAAAUUAUCAAAUCCAGCAAAAAGCCUGUUAUUGCUCAAAUCAACGGCCCAGCACUUGGAGGAGGUGUUGGACUUGUGUUUACGACGGAUAUACGGAUAAUGACCAGACAGUCAUACUUUCGUCUUUCCGAAGUUAAGCGAGGCUUGAUUCCGGCUAUCAUUUCUCAGUACAUUGUUCCGGAGAUUGGGACAUUUAAGGCCAAUCAAUAUAUGCUUACUGGCGAAAAGGUAUCGUCAGAAGAAGCCUUAAGGGGCAAUUUCAUUACCUGCGUGGUCGAUGAUCAUCGGCAAUUAGAAGAAAAGGUCAAAAUAUAUGUGAACGAACUAAUUUCGAGUGCGCCGAAUGCGAUGGCAUCCAUAAAGAAGUUAGUUUCUGUUGUAGGGUCUGGCGCUUCUGAAUUAGAGAAAACAGAUCAUGUAAAGAAGGUGUUUGUAGAGAUGAUGCGAUCUGAGGAAGCCGCCUAUGGUAUACAAGCCUUUAGUAGAAAAGAGACACCAGAUUGGUCAAAAUUCAAUUCAAAGCUGUAA